AUGGAAUCCAGUUCUGGCGCCUACUCCAGCGCGACUGUCAGCGACUCUAGCGCAACUGUCAGCGCGGGCGGCAAUGCGAGUGUUAGCGAAAGCGUACUACAGUCACAAUCGCGAUCAGAAGCAGAAACAGAAUCAGAACCAGGAUCUCAUGGCACACCACCUGGAAACCUACCGAAUAGAAGAAAGAACCUCUCCUGGAGCGACUUCCAACACUGUGAUUCCAUGGAUGAGCCCGCGUCUACUGCCGAAAGCACGCCACCUACAACCCUUGCCGAAACCGCGGACCUUCUUCGAAAAGAACGCACUAGAUUUCUAAACAAGGUGCCUGUUGACCUGAACAGCACACUCUGUUAUCCUCCGGAUCGGUCUGCUGUCAUUUUGGUAUAUGACACAGCCCUCUCGCGCAUCUCUGCCAACAACCACCUCAACAUCUAUGUCGAAGCCAAAUCCAAGAUCAACAUCAUCAUCGGCCUGAACAAAGUUAGGUGUACUGAUCCUGCUUUCAAACAGGGUAUACUGCCGCCCCUCGAGCCCAUGUAUGCAGGCCCCCGGAUCGAGUACAACAAAGAUCCAUACGGACGCCACGCGCAAUGGAGGCUGAAUGCUUGGAGGAAAGACCGCUGGCCGCUGUUCCUACCGGUAGAGGCCAUGAAGCGUGAGAGAGUUAUGAAAAACAGGACACUAGAAGUAGGAGAGGAGAGGUGGAAGUUGGACGAGGAGGAUUGGGAGGACUCAAUGAGCGGUCGUGAGGGAAUGAAGAUAGUGCGAAAGUGA